AUGCGAUUAAUUCUGUUGACGCUCUUCGUUGCUGUAUUUGUCACUUCUGGACAAGCCUUUUUAUUUGGUUGGUUUGCCACGCCAGCGACACCAAAAAUGCGCGAUCCGCAAGACGCGCCGGCCUCGGAUCGUGAACAGCAAAUAUUCUUCCUGCGCUACCCACAAAAUAAUUCUGAUAUUGUACCGAAAAUGAUGCAGCAGGGCUCGCCGCCGCCCAACGCGAAUCAGCGAGCAGCUCAG